AUGUGUGACAGGGAGAAGACUGGAGAUCCUGGAAGUGUGUGAGCUAUAUUGCAAAUGUCUUCUCUCUCGGGCAUCAUUCAUACAUCAAGCUGUGGCCAGCCUUCGUGUCGUUGAGAAACACAGUUUUUGAACACCUGCUCUGAGUGUUAACAAUCCCUGUUGUUUCAAUUUGACACCAAGGCAGUGAUAGCGAGAGCUUCCGUCGUACAACGAGACUCAGUUUACCUUGUAGGCUAGCCUUGUAGGCCUUUAGAGGUUUUUAUAUUCUGUCAGCAUAAUAUUUAUAUAUUGAAUGAAGCGAGUCAUACACCUUUUCUCUUAUUGCCGAUGACUAUUGUAACUUCUAAGCCUUGUGGACGUGUGCAUCAGUGUAGCGCAAUGACACCAUGCGGACACUGACGACCUCUAUGCUGCAGUAACUUCAGAGGGUGGACAGAUCUGCCCCCAGGCAAACCAGACACGAUGCUUCAAAGCGCCACCCGCUAUCUGAUCUUUUUUCAGUAUAUUGGGACAAAGUACAGUGGCGUAGUGAAAGCUCCACCUCACCAAGCUGUUCUGGGUGUUCAGAAUUAUUUGGAGGACGCAGUACGGAGCCUGAAGCCGGUUAACGAGGCGGCGGUGUUCAUCUCCAGUCGCACAGACACUGGCGUCCACGCCCUUGGUAACUCCGCCCACGUGGACAUCCAGCGCAGAGAGGGGAGGAGCCCCUUUAAGGAGGAGGAGCUUGUAAACGCCCUCAACCUCUACCUCAAACCACAAAACAUCAGAGUGACCAGAGCCCGGAAAGUGGACAGUCAUUUCAGCGCGCGUUACCGGGCCGUCUCGCGCACCUAUGUCUAUCGGCUGGCCACGGGAGUCCGCCACCACACACACACCCCUCUGACUGAGAACAAGCUCUGCUGGUUUCUACCCGAAACCGAGCUGGACGUGGGCGCCAUGCGUGUGGCCGGUUCCGUCCUGCUGGGCACUCAUGACUUCAGCACAUUCCGCGCAAUGAGCUCCGACGCUCCGUUCAAGAGUCCGGUCAAGACGCUCGAGAUUGCCCAGCUGGAGCCUGGGGUGUCCUUCGCCUCGCAACACUUCAAUAGGAAUAUCCAGCAUUGGGACUUAACCUUCAAAAGCAGGUCGUUUCUGUACAGACAGGUGAGGAGGAUGACUGGUGCACUGGUGGCUGUAGGUCAGGGGAAACUCCGCCCCUCUGAUAUCCAGGACCUUUUGGAGGCUCGUGAUUCGCUGGCUUUCCCCACCAAUAUCAUGGCCCCACCAUAUGGACUUUUCCUCACACAAGUGGAGUACCGGGAGUCAGGUGAAGAUGAGGAUGGAUCUGACACCGGGAUGGUCACUCGCUCACUCCAGUGAAGAGGAAUGACUGCCAGUGUUUCUCUGCACUCUGCUGCACUGCAUUGCAGUUUUUCUCGAUCACUUUGAUGUGGGUGUCAACUCUGACAUCACGUUUUCGAAACAGUUAACACUCACACAUUUUCUUUGCAAAAGGCUGUUACUCUCUCAAAACAUGCAGCAAAAGCAAAUUUUGCCUUCAAA